UGGAAGCAUCAGUUCAUAGCAGUAAUGCACACUGUACAGAUAAGACGAUUGAAGCUGCUGAAGCCCUCCUUCAUAUGGAAUCUCCUACCUGCUUGAGGGAUUCAAGAAGCCCUGUGGAAGUGUUUGUCCCUCCUUGUGUAUCAACUCCAGAAUUCAUCCAUGCUGCUAUGAGGCCAGACGUCAUUACAGAAACUGUAGUGGAGGUGUCAACUGAAGAGUCGGAGCCAAUGGAUACCUCUCCCAUCCCCACAUCACCAGAUAGCCAUGAACCGAUGAGGAAGAAAAAAGUUGGCCGUAAACCAAAGACCCAGCAGUCGCCUAUUUCCAAUGGGUCUCCUGAGUUAGGUAUAAAGAAGAAACCAAGAGAAGGAAAAGGAAACACAACCUAUUUGUGGGAGUUCCUUUUAGAUCUCCUUCAAGAUAAAAAUACUUGUCCCCGGUAUAUUAAGUGGACUCAGAGAGAGAAAGGCAUCUUCAAGCUCGUGGAUUCAAAGGCUGUCUCUAAGCUUUGGGGAAAACAUAAGAACAAGCCAGACAUGAACUACGAAACUAUGGGGCGAGCUUUGAGAUACUACUACCAAAGGGGAAUUCUCGCGAAGGUUGAAGGACAGAGGCUUGUGUAUCAGUUCAAGGAUAUGCCCAAAAACAUAGUGGUCAUAGAUGAUGACAAAAGUGAAACCUGUAAUGAGGAUUUAGCGGUAGCCACUGAUGAAAAGUCGUUAGAACGGGUGUCACUGUCUGCAGAAAGUCUCCUAAAAGCGGCAACCUCUGUGCGUGGUGGGAAGAACUCAUCUCCCGUAAACUGCUCCAGAGCAGAGAAGGGCGUAGCUCGAGUUGUGAAUAUCACUUCCCCUGGGCACGAUGCUUCGUCCAGGUCUCCCACCACCACCACGUCUGUAUCCGCCACAGCCGCUCCGAGGACAGUUCGUGUGGCAAUGCAAGUACCUGUUGUAAUGACAUCCUUGGGCCAGAAAAUUUCAACUGUGGCUGUUCAGUCAGUUAACGCAGGUGCACCUUUAAUAACCAGCACUAGUCCAACCACAGCGACCUCUCCAAAGGUAGUCAUUCAGACAAUCCCUACUGUGAUGCCAGCCUCCGCUGAGAACGGAGACAAAAUCACCAUGCAGCCUGCCAAAAUCAUCACCAUCCCAGCCACACAGCUCACACAGUGUCAACUGCAGACAAAGUCGAAUCUAGCCGGAUCAGGAAGCAUUAACAUUGUGGGAACCCCCCUGGCUGUGAGAGCACUUACCCCUGUUUCAAUAGCCCACGGUACUCCUGUAAUGAGACUAUCAGUGCCUACGCAGCAGGCAUCUGGCCAGACUCCUCCUCGAGUCAUCAGUGCGGUCAUAAAAGGGCCGGAGGUUAAAUCAGAAGCAGUGGCAAAAAAGCAGGAGCACGAUGUGAAAACUUUGCAGCUGGUAGAAGAAAAACCAGCAGAUGGAAAUAAGACAGUGACCCACGUAGUGGUCGUCAGUGCGCCCUCAGCUAUCGCCCUUCCUGUAACUAUGAAAACAGAAGGACUAGUGGCAUGUGAGAAAUAAAACUGCAGCUCCACCGUGGACUUGAGACUGUUAGCGGUAGUACUGAUGUAAACGCGUGCAAGGGAAGUCAUCAAGAAAAGUCAAAGAAGACUUUAAAACAUUUUUAAUGCAUCUAAGAAAAACAAUCAGACUUACUGGAAAUAAAUUACCUAUCCCAUGUUUAAGUGGGAAAUGAACUACAUAUUGAGAUGCUGACAGAAAACUGCCUCUUACAGUAGGAAACAACUGAACCCAUCCAUAAGAAAAAGGAUUCAAAGGGACCAAGCAGAUCACUACGCUAUCAAGUUACACUAAGACUUGGAACACUAACAUUCUGUAAGAGGUGAUAUAGUUUUCAUCGGGGAGGGGUUGGGAAGGGUGAUCUCAUUGUUACAUAUAGCAAUUUUUGAUGCAUUUUAUAUGCAUACCAGCAAUUACUACUGUGUUCGCACAGUAUUCACUUAACUGGUGCUAUGUGAAGACUCUGCUAAUAUAGGUAUUUUAGAAUGUGAAUGGAAGAAUGGAUCCAAAAGCUUCAGGAGGAGGAUAGCAAAAAAAAAAAAAAAAGAUCUAGUGCGAUUUUUUUUAUAUCAUAUAGCUUAAGCUGAUUUAAAACAAAGGCCUUAGACUAAUUUUCGGUUUUCUUUCUUGAAAUAAGCUAAUGGCUUUUUUGUGUAAAGCUUUUUUAUUAAAAGAAAAAAUUUUAAAAAUCUUGUACCUAGCACAGUAUUGUUAUAGAAUUUACAUGUAACAUUUUAUAUGGUAGUUUAAGUCUGUCAGUUUCUUAAUUGUGGACAAAUUAACAAACGGCUCUGGCCUUUUGCUGUAAUAUGCCUGUGUCACUCACUUAGCCCUGGCAUCUGUGCAGACAUAUCAGUUUCAGUUCAACUGUCACUUGGAAGUUCAGGCUCAAGCAUGAAUUUUUUGUCAGGUAGCUCUAAUACCUGGAGUUUUCUUUCUUUUUGUUUCUUUUCUUUUUUUCCUUUUCCUUUUCUUUCUUUUCUUUUCUUUUUUCUUUUCUUUUUUUUUUUUUAGUUGAAGUUUAAGAGGGAAAGUACCAGUGUUCAGAUUUGAACUAUAAUAGUUUGUAUAUUCAACAUUUGAAGUAUAUUCUAUUUUGUUGUACUCUUGUUUCAAAGUGUAUUCAAGUAGGUUUUCUGAAAUAUAGAAAUGAAAUUUA